AUGAUCCAGUUCACUGACCGCCUAUCCCAACUACGGCGUCGCAGCGCGGACAAACUGGCAGCCUUCGAGAAGAUUGAACCCAAAACGAAGACUGUAAACAGGAAGUGCAAGAGCAGAAACAGGAAGUGCAGCCUCAGUUCCACCUGUCCAAAGAUGUUUGGAGCUAACACUAAAGCUCUGAUAAAAAACCUGGGCGCUGAAGGAGACCUCAUCUACAAUAAAAACAUCAACACGAAGGUGCCGAUACUGACUCUGGUCAAAGAAAAAGACUGGGUGUUGUGGCCAUGGAUCAAGUACACUUUGGUCGACCAAUCACUGCUCGACCUGCUGGAGGAGGCGGAGUUCACACCAGAGUACAAAGAGGACGUUCUGGCAAAGAACAUCACCAUGAGCCAAUUCAUAUCCGGCAGCGGAGAGGUGGGGCUUAAAACUCCUAAAGGGGCGGCAAACCUUCAAGUGACAGGUGGUGUGGACACUGUGGACGCAGUGUCCACAUUCACCCUGAACAGAAGGACAGUGAACAUCGACAAACUGAGGAAGAGCUGCAAUGGCAGGAAACUGAAGCAGGAGGAGGUGGACGGGCUGAGACUGAAGAAAUCAGAGAAGCUGAAGUUUGUCUAUCAGACUGUCUUCAACGUUGCCCCGGUGACAUUUGACAAAGGAGAAGGAAGUAAGGGCUCCAUGACGGCAGGAUGCUCCCUGUUCACAAAACUGCAAAUGAUGGUCAGCAGAAAACAGAAGAUGAAGUUUGAUAUCGAUGCAAACUUCACCUUUGCCUACAGCCUGAUGGAGAUAACAACAGAUGGAGGCACAUUGGGAAUCCCACGCAGAACCACGAAGGUGGACAUGUGCAAACCAGGAUGUUGGCCCAUCAGCUCUGACAGCGCUGGAGACUAUCUGCAGACGGCGGUACAAGAGAUCAAGAAGAAGGAGCGUUUCCUUCAGCCUCUGUCAGGUCUGAAAGAGUCGACUCGUCGGGAUCUGAUGAACAAACUGAGACAGAUUAAGGACGAUGAAAAUGCUCUGACUCAGCUGGAGGACACGUUGGAUCAGAACAGUUCAGGUUCAGAUCUUCCUCAGUCCGACCUCUCAUCAGGUCAGAGGAGAGCCGUCCUGUUGCUCGUCAGCGCCAUCAACACCCUCCCCCUCGGUGCAGCUCCUCUUCUGAUUGGCUCUGACCCUAUUGCUCUGAACGACCUCCGACAGCUGGUGAGAGAUCUGAUAGACGGUCAGGUGACCCACCCUGAGGCUCCGCCCCCCUCCCUGAAGGAGGAAGGAGAGCUGAGCUGGGCGGCCGAGCUCCUCUGCUCCACCAAUCAGACGCUGAGCCAGCUGAGCAUGCCGAGCAAGCAGUGGGUGGGGCCAGACACGCCUCCAGAAGUGCUGCUGGAGGUGCUGAGCCUCACUGUGAUUGGACUGGAUCUGAUGAUGUCAUCACGCAAUUAACGACUAUGAAAAUAUUACGAAACUAGAAAAGUACCCAGACAGUACAGACCUUCGCCAAGGCAGAUUAGGUAAGGUUAGGUUUAGGGUUAGCACGGUUAGUGCAAUUAGUGGUAAGGGUUAGGGAUUAGCGUGAUUAGUGGCUAGAGUGAUUAGCGGUUGGGGUUAGGGUUAGCUAGCGCAUUCACAUGCCAUCAAAUGGCAUUAAAUAACACGUGAAAGGAUGCAAAUGUGUACGUAUAGCAUGCCAAAUGCAAUAAACUGGUGCCACAUAAAACUUCAUUUCAUGAGAUCAGUCUGAAAAAUAACACAAAUAAAGCACGAACCAACCAUGUAGCAUCAGCAACACUCCCCCGACACCCCCCCACACACACACAAAAUACCUUUCCUCCUUUUUAGUCCCCAAAGUUUUUACGCAUGCUAAUAGUCAACGCCAGUGUAGCAGCAGGCUUUACUCAGAGCACUGUUAAACACCACCACAGGACCAGCCCCAGAUGGUCCCAAACACCACCACAGGACCAGCCCCAGAUGGUCCCAAACACCACCGCAGGACCAGCCCCAGAUGGUCCCAAACACCACCACAGGACCAGCCCCAGAUGGUCCCAAACACCACCACAGGACCAGCCCCAGAUGGUCCCAAACACCACCACAGGACCAGCCCCAGGUGGUCCCAAACACCACCACAGGACCAGCCCCAGGUGGUCCCAAACACCACCACAGGACCAGCCCCAGGUGGUCCCAAACACCACCACAGGACCAGCCCCAGAUGGUCCCAAACACCACCACAGGACCAGCCCCAGGUGGUCCCAAACACCACCACAGGACCAGCCCCAGGUGGUCCCAAACACCACCACAGGACCAGCCCCAGAUGGUCCCAAACACCACCACAGGACCAGCCCCAGGUGGUCCCAAACACCACCACAGGACCAGCCCCAGGUGGUCCCAAACACCACCACAGGACCAGCCCCAGAUGGUCCCAAACACCACCACAGGACCAGCCCCAGGUGGUCCCAAACACCACCACAGGACCAGCCCCAGAUGGUCCCAAACACCACCGCAGGACCAGCCCCAGAUGGUCCCAAACACCACCGCAGGACCAGCCCCAGGUGGUCCCAAACACCACCGCAGGACCAGCCCCAGAUGGUCCCAAACACCACCGCAGGACCAGCCCCAGGUGGUCCCAAACACCACCGCAGGACCAGCCCCAGGUGGUCCCAAACACCACCGCAGGACCAGCCCCAGAUGGUCCCAAACACCACCACAGGACCAGCCCCAGGUGGUCCCAAACACCACCACAGGACCAGCCCCAGGUGGUCCCAAACACCACCACAGGACCACCA